AUGUUUGCCUUGGAAGAAGCUCUGAAAGGACGUUUGAAAAUGAUUCCAUUUGACUCAAUCGAAGCACUCGACGUUGUCCUCCGAUACUCCCUGUCAUCACAGUACAUUUCCAUUGGUCGCUCGUUUUUCUCUCCACCAGUCAGGAACGUGAAUUCUGCCAAUCUGGAAUGUGGUCGUGAAGUGUGGUUUGGAUUUCAUCAGAGUGUCCGACCUUCUCAAUGGAAGAUGCUUGUGAAUAUUGAUUGUAAGUUGGCAAAGUCUGUAGACUGGCGAGUUUUGUUGUAUAUACUGUGAUAACACUUUUUCCUGAGUCCUGACACUUUUAUAGUGUUAGAUGCAUAGAUUUUAAUGGUCCUCAGGCAUGGCUGAAGAAAUAGAAUUUUCCAAACUUGGGAACUUGGGCUGAACGCCGGGAACUUGGGCUAAACAAAAAUUUCAUCAUAUCUUGAAAGAGCAUCACAAAAUUAGUAAUAUUCCAAAGUUUCGUUGCGAAAUGUUGUAAAAUGCGGAUAAUAUAGCCUUGCGAAGUUUGUAAUUUUCAGUCAUUUUGUAUUACGCACGGAAGUGGUAACCAUUUCCCGUUUGUAAUACAAAAUGACUGAAAAUUUCAAAUUUCGCAAGGCUAUAUUAUCCGCAUUUUACAACAUUUCGCAACAAAACUUUGGGAUAUUGCUAAUUUUGUGACGCUCUUUCAAGCUGUGAUGAGAUUUUUGUCUAGACUUGUUGAGUUCAAAAUUUUGAUUAAUAUGGGAUUGGUCCAUUUUUCACUUUUUUCUUAGCUUCUGCCACUGCCUUUCAUAAAGCGAUCUCGGUGAUAGAAUUUCUGUCUGAAGUCAUUGGUGAAAAUCCCCAGAGAUUGCAUCUUAGAUCAAGUCUGAAUGAAGAAGACAGAACGAAAUUCAUCAAAGAAAUUAAAGGU